AAAAAACGCCGUGGAAGUCCACCAACGGAUAAAAUCACCAUUCCGCUAAAACCGAUAGCAAUCCAUGAAUUGGUUGCUGAAUUGAAAGCAGAAAACGUUAAAAAGAAGAGUUGCUUACGAUGUUACGAUGGCGUUGUUUGUCGAUGUCCAAACAUCGAUGUCUUCUAACAAAUUGCCAUCCCUAAUGGCAGUUUGGCAAAUUCUUGUACCACCCUAUUCCAAGUCAAAGUUGACAGAUGACAGUUUCAAAAAAAAUGUAAACAAACUAACUAACCUAACCUCAACAAAACCCACUUUUCAUAAAUGUUUGAUGAAAGUUUGGUUUUCGAAUAAAAUUUGGAGGCAACUCACUGGAUUUUGGAGCUGCAUGGAUUCCGAACGUAAUGGUUUACUCGAUUUUCUUUGUUUUUUAUAAACAGUCGUAGGCUUAUAAAUAUAAUAUAAAAGUGUUCAAAGUUGUGUAUGAACAGAUUGGAAACGUCUGGGUUGGUGGUAUUUCAACUCGACGAAUAGUGGAUUUAUGUCUUGUGGUGUGUAAAAUGGAAGAAUUGGAGCCAUCUGAAUUAGGCACGCACGAAUAUUGGAAUCAUCGCUAUGAAACGGAAAUAGCUAACUAUUCAGCUCAUGGUGAUGCUGGAGAAAUUUGGUUUGGGGAUGACACAGUUGAAAGAAUUCUGAGAUGGAUAUGUAAGACACCUGAAAUUGCAAAAGACAGUAGCAUUAUUGACCUUGGAUGUGGAAAUGGAAUGUUUCUCAUAGAUCUUUCGAAUGAAGGAUAUUCUAACCUCCUCGGCGUUGAUUACAGUGAAAAAGCUGUUGAGCUUUCGAGAAACAUUGCCACUGCGAAAGGUUACAAUAUCACAUACAAACAGGCUGACAUUCUGGAUGAUCUAGAAGGCACUUAUAAAGUCAUUCAUGACAAAGGAACGUAUGAUGCAAUCAGUUUGAGUGAGAAUGCAAAAGAAAAUAGGCAAAAGUACAUUGUGAAUGUGAAGAAUAUAAUGAAUAAGGACAGUUUUUUCAUAAUAACAUCUUGUAAUUGGACACAGAGUGAAUUAGUGGAACAUUUUAAGGAGCAUUUCCAGUUGCAUCAGGUGGUUCCUACACCUACAUUCAAAUUUGGAGGCAAGGAGGGCAGUGUUGUUAGUAUUUGUAUUUUUAAAAGAAUAUAAUUCUGUUUUCUCUUUAUAUUAUCUAUUAUUGAUUAUCCUCUUGAUAUAUGUACAUUCAUUAUGUGCAAAUUAAAAUUGCAACCUCC